GAGCAGCGGCGACCGCAAUCUCAGCAGCGGGGCUCGGACGCCUCGGAAAAUACAACGGAUCUGCAGGAGCGGAGCAAAAUGCACCCGCGGCGCCGCGCGGUCCUGCAGCCCAGCUGCGGCCCCGAGGCCCGCAGCCCCCCGGGGCGGCAGUGAGCGCCUCCCGCCACCGCCGGGACCCAGCUCUGGGGUGCCGGAGCGGGAUCAGCACUGGACGGCUGUGCAUUUCCACGAAGCCACCGCAGCAGCCCCGGCGAGAGCCCACCUUCUGCUACCAACCGGGCAUCCUUCAGCGGCGCGCAUGGAUUUAUGAAGACACUCAUGCAAGAAGUGGGCAGGAGGACUUGGGCAAACUUUUCCACCGGCUCCGCGUCCACCGCUCCCCGCGCCUCAUCUCCUUUCCCCGGUUCGCCCGGCGGCCGCCGCUGCCCGCGAUGGUGGCCGUGCUGCUGGGCGGCGGCGGUGGGGCCCGCUGGGGGACCGUGCCGGGCUCUUGGCUGUGCCUGAUGGCGCUCCUGCAGCUGCUGGGCUCGGCGCCGCGGGGCUCGGGGCUGGCGCACGGCCGCCGCCUCAUCUGCUGGCAGGCGCUGCUGCAGUGCCAGGGGGAGCCGGAGUGCAGCUACGCCUACAACCAGUACGCCGAGGCGUGCGCGCCGGUGCUGGCGCAGCGCGGCGGGGGCGACGCGCCGGGGGCCGCCGCCUUCCCGGCCUCGGCCGCCUCCUUCUCGACGCGGUGGCGCUGCCCGAGCCACUGCAUCUCGGCCCUCAUUCAGCUCAACCACACGCGCCGCGGGCCCGCGCUGGAGGACUGUGACUGCGCGCAGGACGAGAACUGCAAGUCCACCAAGCGCGCCAUUGAGCCGUGCCUGCCCCGGACGAGCGGCGGCGGCGGCGCGGGCGGCCCGGGCGCGGGCGGGGUCAUGGGCUGCACCGAGGCCCGGCGGCGCUGCGACCGCGACAGCCGCUGCAACCUGGCGCUCAGUCGCUACCUGACCUACUGCGGCAAGCUCUUCAACGGGCUGCGCUGCACGGACGAGUGCCGCACGGUCAUCGAGGACAUGCUGGCCGUGCCGAAGGCCGCGCUGCUCAACGACUGCGUGUGCGACGGCCUCGAGAGACCCAUCUGCGAGUCGGUCAAGGAGAACAUGGCCCGCCUGUGCUUUAGCACCGACCUGACCACCGGCGCGGGCAGCAGCGGCUCCGACGGGGGCCUGGACGACUACUACGACGAGGACUACGAUGAUGAGCGGCCAGGGGGCGCGGGCGGCGAGCAGCCGCUGGACGAUGACGACGGCGUCCCGCACCCGGCGCGUCCGGGCGGCGGCGCUGCUGCGGCGGCGGGUCGGGGGGACCUGCCCUACGGGCCCGGGCGCAGGAGCAGCAGCAGCGGCAGCGGCGGCCUCUCGGCGCCCCGAGGAGCCUGGACUCCGCUCGCCUCCAUCUUGCUGCUGCUGCUGCUCGGGGCGCACGCUUAACUCUGGCGGUCCUCGCCUUCCGCUGCGCCUAGCACGCACACUCGGGCUCUCCCCCGCGCCUGGCAUCUGUUGCUUGCGGACACUUCUCAAAACUUUGCCCAAGUCGACUCGGCCUAGCCCGCCCCCGCCCCUCUUGACACGACCCCAGUCUUCUGUCCAGAGCAUGAUUUCUUGGAUCUCCUUGUUGUGGUUUCCAGGCUCCAGAAACUACCAGCAAAUCUGCCCUGCAGACAUGAAUCUGCAGAGUUCAGGACAAUGUGAAAAAAAAAAAAAAAGGCGACAACCGGAGUUCUGGAACUGGGCUGUAGGGUGCUGACCCAUGGGGGUCUUAACCAUUCCAAGGCACUGGACGGGGGUGGGAGGGAGGCUGUUGACGGAGGAAUUAUAUUUGCAAAAGGGCUGUUCAUUGACAUUUUUCCUGUGAGGGUACCAAUGGUGAUGAUAAGGACUUUCAUUGCUUGAGGCCCUUUAGGACAUAGCAAUUGUAAGUAAAUAGAAAAGCCCCACUGACGGAUUCAUCCCUUUACUCUCCGUUUCAGCAUCAGGGGUUCAGGGUAACACUGGGCGUGAGGCCCGUGAUUGCCUUGGGGGAACCCCUAAAUUAGUUUUGCAUAACUUUAGCCCCUGACCUUUAAUUUUAUUGCUACUACUCUGUUUUCUCAGCAGUUUGGAGUUAAGAGUCCACAAAUGCUGAUUUAAGGCGUUACUAUGGUUGAACAAUGCAAGUUGGUUUUUUUUUUUUUUUAUUUAAAAAAGCUCUGUACUGCCAUCUAUGAAAGCCUCCCUAUGGUGUUUGUCUUGUCAUUUUUGUUCUUUCUAUCAAGAACCUGUGUGUUCGAAUAUGCAGAGAAUGUAUAUUGCCUCUGCUCCUAUCAGGGUGAUAAACCCUGGUACGUCGUAUAAAGUGUAUUAAAACUGGGGUUUCUUACCAGUUGCUGUACUUUGUAUAUAGAAUUUUUAUAAAUUGUAUGCUUCAGAAAUAAUUUAUUUUUAAAAAAAGAAAUUAAAAUUUUUAAAUCCACACCAAUAUUACAUCUCCACCCAAGUAAUGUACAGAACUCAUUGGGUCCAAACCCACACUCAAUUUCCAUUUUGAAUGUUCCCCACUUAGAACAGUCUUAAAAUGUACAGUGUAUUUUAUAGAUUUGAAAUACUGUUCUUAUUUUCAAGAGAAUUUAUAAACAUUGUAGAAAUGUAUAAAUGCAUUUCCAACCUGCCUUAAACGCUGUAUUUUUAUAGACCUCAUUUUUUAAAAUCCCUAUGGUUUAAAUAACUGACUCUGUAUUUUUGAUUGUUUUAUUAAGAUGUGUACAUCAGUAAAGAGUUUAAACAAUGAA